GCUUACAGUUUUCCUUCGAGUUCAGCCGAACCACGGAGCGGAGGCGGACUCGGCCCACCGAGGGCUCCCGGACGCAUCGCAGCGGUCGGGCUUUUUCACCCGAUCAAAGCGAACGCCGCCUCCGGCGGGGUCGCCCCCGGAGAGGGACCCCUGGGUCGGCGCAGCGGGAGAGGAAACGGGCCACGGCUGCUGUUGGUGCUGCUACUUACCGCCGGCCGGGCCGGCCCUGCUCACCCCGGCGCUGAUGUGGGCUCCCUCCCCGCCCGCCCCCGCGAGACCCCCGCUCCCGCCCCCCCGCGAGACCCAGAGGAGACAGAGAGAGAGAGAGAGAGAGAGAAAAGAGAGGCUGCGCGGCUCACGGGCGCUGGUGGCCGGGCUGCGCGGGCUGGGCGCGGAGGUGGCCAAGAACCUGGCGCUGGCCGGCGUGAAGGCGCUGACGCUGCUCGACCACCGCCAGGUGUCCCUGGAAGACUCGCCAGGCCACUUCCUCCUCCCAGCCAGCUCCGCAGGAAAGAACAGAGCUGAGGCCUCCCUGGAGCGUGUUCAGGACCUCAAUCCCAUGGUUGAUGUGAAGGCGGAUCCAGAGGAUAUUGAGCAGAAACCGGAGGAAUUCUUUACUCGCUUUGAUGUGGUCUGCCUGACAUGCUGCACUCAGGAAGUCCUUCUGAAGGUGGACCAAAUAUGCAAGAAACACGGCAUCAAGUUUUUCACUGGCGAUGUCUUUGGCUAUCACGGCUACAUGUUUGCCAACCUGGGUGAACAUGAAUUUGUUGAAGAAAAGACAAAAGCAACCAAAGCCAGCCAGGAAGGGCAGGGCGGCUCUGAUGCAAAGAAAGCCAAGCUGGAUAUUGCAGAGACAACCCUGGUGAAGAAGAAUGCUCAUUUUUGCCUCCUAAAAGAUGCCUUGACUCUCAGUUGGAGCAGUGAAGGGGCCAAAACAGCCCUGAAGCGGACUGCCCCUGAUUACUUCCUGCUGCAAGUGCUUUUCAAAUUCCGGACAGAAAAGGGGCGAGACCCUUCCCCACUGAGUUACCUGGAGGAUGCAGAGGCGCUGCGCCAGAUGCGCUUGGCUGUGUUGGCCUCUUUGGGUGUUGGAACUGACCUGAUUGCUGACGACUUUGCCAGCUGCUUCUCAGAAAUGGCCCCGGUUUGUGCUGUGGUUGGAGGGGUGCUGAGCCAGGAGGCUGUCAAGGCUCUCUCACAGCGGGACCCUCCCCUCAACAAUUUCUUCUUCUUCAAUGGCGUGAAGGGCAGUGGGGUGGUAGAGUGCCUGGCCCCCAAUCUCCCCUCCUGAACUACGUGGACUUGGGAGAUGGGUCUUCAGUUACGGAUUCCCUUCCUGAACAGCCACCCCUCAUAAUGUCUCUUCCAAUUUAGCCCAAAUAAAAACUUAUUUGGUUACCAAG